AACCUCAUCGCUAAAAGAUGGGCUACUCACAAAUCUGCAGGUUCAACUAAAAAUGGUAGAACAUCAAACCCAAAAUACUUGGGUGUUAAGAAAUUUGGUGGUCAAUUUGUUAUUCCAGGAAACAUUAUUAUUAGACAAAGAGGUACUCAAUUCCAUCCAGGUUUAAAUGUUGAUAUUGGUAGAGAUCAUACUAUUUUUUCAACAGUUGCAGGUGUUGUUCAUUUUUCAAAAGAACCAAUUAAAGGAACCAAUAAAAUACGUAAAUUCAUUUCAGUAGUCCCAUUACAAAAAGAACAAGAACAAGAACCAAUCGAAAAAAUAACAACCACUGAAAAUUAA